AAGACGUAUCUCCAAAAUCUCUACAGGUCCCAGGUUGGAUAUAGUGGAAUCUUCUACGUGUUGAAAAUAAAAGCACGAUAAGGGAAUUCAUCUGUAAUAUUUACUGAGAAGUUUGUAAAAUCUUAAGCGAAAAGUGACGUUAGCUGUCAAUUAACUGAGAUUUUCCUUACAUUUUUAAUUGCAAAUUUUCUUCACAGCAAUGUCUUACUAAGGAAGCCGUUAAAUUGGUCUAUAAUUUUCAUUACAAAAAAUAAAUAGCAUGAUCCUUUAUAAGUAACAUUUUUAUGCAUUGGCUUAAAAGUAGACAUACAGAGCGACUUCAAUAGUGUAAACCCCAAAAAAAUUGAAAAUCUUUUAAAAAUGGUCUUCUUAACGAUUUGGUCUAAUCAAAAUCUAAGACAGCAUUUUAGUAGUAAACUAGUAACUACAGAAUUACAAAAUUUAAAAAAGAAAUAGUAAUAAAAUAAGUGCUAAGCGUGUUUAUACUAUUGGAGUCGGAGUGUAUAUUGGUUUUGGAUGUGAUAAAAAUUCGUGUACAUUCUGCAUAAGAAGUUUCAAUUAUAUAUUUUUACAUUUAAAUUUCAACCGCUUAAAAAGUACAUAAAGUUAAAAAUAAUGCAACCUGAAAAUUAUUUGCUGAGAAAAUGAAAAGUAAUGUACGAAUCAAAGACAACCUGGACAAUUUAUUUUAUUUAGUGCAAUUUGUUUACCACAAAAAUCACAGGUAAUCCUGAGUAUAGAAGGAUUACCGAGGGACAUCAUUAGAAUUGUCACAGUAGGAUUUAUUUUAAAGAUACCUUCAAUUUUCCAUUUCAAUUUUUCUCCAAACUAGCUUGUAUAAUAACAAAAGUAUCUUCAUGCAUGUGACUGUGUUGAGUACCGUGUGCCGCUGCUGCUGUGUGAAUUUCUCUUUCUCUUCAUUCUCGUGCCUUUGUCUAAUAAUUUUAUGACUCCGCGCGCAUUUGGAGCGUCGCAAUGAUAGGGUGGCCAGAUGUACAUUCUAUGUUUUGUUUUUGCAGCAUGCCGCUUGUCAAAAAAUUCAUAGGGCAAUACCAUAUCUUUAUUUUUCUCGUAUUUCAGUGAGAAAGACGCCUCCGUUCCCGCAUUUUUAUAGCAUACAAAAACAUUUUCAUGAAGUGCAUCAGUGAAGUUUUACCUAAACCGCAUGUUAAAUAUUAAGAAGACUAUUGAAAUUCUUGUAUUCAUGCAACGAGAACAAAAUGUUUAGUUGUAAAAGUAUUGAGAAAUUUUCAAUGUGUUCAAAGGGUUAAUGUAAUUUUGACAGUGUUUUUUUGACCAUAUAUCCAACUAAUUUUUGUGAUGUCAUUAAACUUUUACUUUUUUCCUCUAAUAAUUGACAUUUCUGCAUUGCGAUACUAAAACAAAUUAAAAUGAGUGAAGUUAGAAGUUUAUGUUAACAUUGAAAAAGAUGGAUGAGGUGAAACACAGGGAGAAGGUCAAGGAACUUCAAGACAAGUACAUCCCAUUUUUGGAGCAUUUCAUAAAGAAGCUCAAAGAUGCCAAUGAGGAGAGGUCAAGGGAGGCACAGCUGAAAAAGAUUCAGAGUCUCUACGAUUUACUGAAAAAUAGACCCAAAACUCUAAAAUGUGAUGUUCUCGAGAAAACUGAGAGAGUUUUGAUGAACUUGUAUGAGAAAUUUGGCCGGGGAUAUUCACAUGAGCACAAGACAAGUGAGAGCAAAUCCCGUGAUGAACCUGAUAAUUCAAAGGCUGUGGCACUAAGGCCAAAUCUCGAGGUUGAAGUGAGGGACAAGGAUCCAGCUCAUCUUGAUUUGGGCGUUGUGAAGCAGAAACUUUUACAAGUGAAAGAUGUUCCCCAGGAUAGAGGUGCAGAAAGUGGUAGUUCAGCACCAUCCCUAUCGGUUUUGAAGCAGAAGGCAAGUGCGAUUAUUGGCGAUAAGGUACGUCCGGUGGAUCCACGUUUGGAGAGGCGUGCUGUAACAUCAGAAAUAACACUGCAAGUGAACCGAAUAUCAACGGUGAUUUCAUCUCGAAAUGAGAGAAAUGCAUUUGAUCCUCGUCGUGAUGCAGUGCCACCAGAAGGAUUCCCAAUUCCCCUGGCCAAUUUCCAAGGGGGAUCUUCAGCGGUCAAUUUGUUUUGUCGUCGAACGCAAGACAAAACCUUCUUCCAGCGACGCUAUCCUCCUCAAAUUGAAGGUCCGUCGCAUAUGCCUUUUAACAAUGCACCAUCACAUGGGGGUCCACUUCCAAUCUGUCAAGGUCGUCCAGAUAAUAGUAUGAUGAGGCCAGAUAUGAAUAUUCUCAAUAGUCCACCAUUGUCAAAUGAUGAUAUUCAAUCUCUUAUGGGUGAACCUGAUAAACCUCAGAGACCGUCAAGUGGAAAUACAACUACAGUUAGUCACAGUGACACUUUUCGCCUGGCUCUCAAAUACCAGCCACAUUCUUCCAGGAAGCCGCACGAAAAACCUUCAACGCAUCUACCAAUUGAUCCCUCUGGCAGCAUUACCGUGAGUUUGGAUGAUCCAAGGCUUAAGAAACCCAUUCCACCCAGAAAUGAUCCACGCAGAGAUCCACGUAUCAAUCGGCAUGAACCACCACAGACGACAAUUUCGAGGUAUGAAAGUCGCAAAAUCGUUGAUGUGCGAUCAUCUGAGUAUGUUUGUAAUAAUCCACCACCCCCGAAAAAGUCAUUCAACCCAAUGGAACGACGCUCUGAAUUAGAUGAUGAUGAUUAUAUGGAGCCUUCUGAACAAUAUGUUGCCAUUAAAUCAACUAAAAAUGAUUUAGCUGAACGUAAGAAAUUCGAUAAAUCAAGGGCUAUUGAAAGUGCACCAAUCGAAAAGAAAUCUAGUGAAUCUUCUGAAAUUGGUUCAAAGUCACAGUUCGAUGAUAUGUAUCGGAAGAAUGAUUUUUCAAAAGAUUACGACAAACAUGUGAAAAAUAUAAAUAUGGGUAUUAAAGACUUCAAAAUACCCAAGAAGACAUCAGCAAAAUCUGAAUCUGAGAGUGAGGAAAAAUCCAAACCAACUGAAAAGUCAGAUGAAAAGAAGAAACUUACCAAAGACAAAAAGCAGGAGAACUUUGAGGAGAAAUCAAUUGAUGAGAGCUCUCAGGAAGGUCCUGAGAAGAAGAAGAAGAAGAAAAAGAAAAAGCAAAUAGAAAAAGAGGAAAAGGAUGAAAAGCUUCCAGAGAAACAUGUGUCAAAAGCAUCAGAGGUUUCAAAGACGACUGCAGCUGAAUCAAUAGCUGAGUCUGAACAACCCAGGAGAAAAUCAUCGAGGAAGCGUAUUAAAAUUAUUGAUAUAGAUUCUGAAACUGAUAAUUCUGAUUUUGAGUCAGAAACUCUUGUGACACGUAAAGCUCGUUUGAGUAAGAAAGUUAAAGCGGAUAAAAUUAAUAAGUUUGUAUCGGAGAACGCUUCUAAAUCCAGGGAAGUUUCUCCAAAGGAACCACAAAUGGCUGUAUCAGAGGAGAAAAAUGAUGUGGAGCCAUCUAACUAUCCUCAGCGUUCGAAGACUUCAACUCCCGAGCCUGUAUCUAGUAGUUCUCAAGUGGAGGCUGAAACUUCUGGAAAAUGUGAAACCACUGACUCAACUACUCAUGCCACAAACACGGAAACAGAAGCACCCAAGGAUGGUGUUACGAAGGAGUGGUUAGAAAGUGUCCUGUCAAACUUAUUCAAUCCCAAUAUGCUGACAAAAGACAAACUCCUGGGAAUUAUGAAGAACGUUCUCGAUGAGAAAAAAUUCGAACAAGUGAAGCAUAUUGUUGAGAGUGACGAUGACAAUGUGGAGAAUAAGGAGGAGCCAUCAAAAGAAAAGGAGCAGAAGGCUGAAAGUGUUCCCGAAAAACCAGAAGCCACAAUUGAAUCAUCAACAGAUCCGCCUGCCGUUGAAACUCCAGCAGCAAAACCAGCAAAAAAGAAACCCCAAAAGAAGAACCGAGAAUUGGAUAGACUGAAUGAAGAUAUUCGCACAAUGUUCAUUUCGGAAGGUGUCUUAACUGCAACCGGUCGACGAAUGUGUACCGAGCUACAAAGAAAGUCUGUUUGCUAUAAUGAAACCACGCCACCAACAAGUCCUACAAGGAUGACAAAGGUCAAAACACCAGAGGUGUCUAGUCCAUCGAAAUCGCAAUCUGCGACAACUAAAGCAGCACCAAGAAAAACUCGUAAGAAGAAGCAGGCUGCUGAGGAGACCACAGAAGAGUCUACAGAAAAUGGGGAUAGUUUACCUAAAAAGUGUGGCGAAAGUCUGGAUGAUGAUAUAGCAAAGAGAUUUUUUGAGGAGAAGCAGCUCGAUAUCAGUCGAAGGCUAAAAGUGGAGUUGCAAAAGUUGAAAGAGAGUGAAAUUCCCAAGAAUUCCGGUGGGAAGAAAGGAAAGAAAAAGACACCGAAGAAGAAUGUUGAAGAAACAUCUCCAGGGAGUGAUAGAGUCUCACCAAAGAAAAAGAAAAUCCGACGUAAUAAUAUCUGGUUCAGAGGUUUGAAGAAAAAGGUGAAAAGUUCCCGAGUUGCUGCAGUUAUUCAGUCUGAAUAUCCACCUUCUGCAGAUUUUAUAGAUCUUCCUGAACCACCAAUUAAGAAGCGCCCAGGUCCAAAGUCAAAAACACAACCAACAUCUACUGAGACUACAAAGGAAUCCGAAGCAGUUCCUGCACCUAUGGAUAUCGAUCACAAAGUGAUUAAGAAAGAGAAGACAAUAGAAGCAUCAAACAUCAAAAAUAAUGAUGUCAAUAUAGAUGCCGUUAACCACAAAAACUGCAAAAUUUGUGGGUAUUCUGGCAAAGCUCUUGUAUCUCACUACGUCAAGAUGCAUUCCCUCAAUGAGGUUUACUGUGCUCGGUUGCCAAAAAAUAUAUCAGAAUUUCUGAAGAAGAACGAAAAGGGAAUGCUGUAUGCCGAAAGUUACAAUAUGAAACUCCAAUAUACGGGAUCAAAAGUCUUCGGACACUGCAUUUUCUGCAGAGAAGAAAUGUACGAACCACCAAAUCGAUGGAUAACGCACUUUACAAAGCACACUGGUGAAUAUGAAUACAUUUGCAGCUGUGGUCAAAAGUCGUGGAAUUUGAAAGUCAUUCGUACUCAUGUGAAGAAAUGCGAAGAGAGAGGGUCAUAUGUUGCCAAUGAGAUCAUGCAGGAUCAUGCAAAAUGCAUUCAGGCUUACAUGUGUGGUGGUUGCAAUUUUAUCCAAUUGCUGGAGGAAAAUACUCGUAAUCAUAUCAUCACAGAACACGAAAGUGUUCCUGAAGUUCACAUAGUGACACUAUUGAAUUUCUCAGAUAUAUCUGUUAAGGAGAAUCAUCCGAUUUUCCUUGAUAUGUACAAGCAGAAUAUGGCUAUGAUGGAUGAGAAUCAAGAUGGAGUCUUCAAAGCCACUGAUGAGAAAGACAAUGAGAACAGUGCCAGCAAAUCGAUUUUGGCUGAUAUCUCUAAGACAAUUCCCAAUGAACCGGGAAGUGGCAUAACCAGCAAAUUGCAUGAGAGAUUUGGAGAGAAGCCUGUUAUAAAAUCAGAAGCUGGUAGUGUUUUUGUAAAGACUGAAAAACCAACUACUGAAGAAUACCCAACUGCACACACCACGGCACGAUCGGAAGAUACAUCGUCAAUUCAGUCUGAGGAUACUCUAUCAGCUAUGUCGCAAAAUACAGAAGUGCCUGAUUCAAAUUCUGAAAACCCCAUUGAACCCGAUGAUGAUGAAUGGGAAGAUAUUGAUAGUGACAGUGAUGAGUCUGUUAUGAGUCAACCAGGCAAGUGUGGUCCAAACAAGAAGCUCAAUCGUCUUGUUCAGAAGAUCGGAAUUAAGACCAGUAUCAAGAGGAAGAGUGAUUGUAUAACUGAUACUAGCGCAUCGAAGAAGACUAAAAGUGAUGCACCAAUUCAAAAUAUCAGUUCAAAUGAACAAACUACUACUACAACUAUAACGCCUUCAAGUUCUGCUGUAAGUCCUGAAGUCAAUAGAAGUGGUAAGGUAGAAAAUUUACAGUAUAAAUGCGUAGAUGGACAAAUAAUCUACUACUGCUUACUGCAAAAGUGCUUAUUUAUUGGGCCUUCGAUGGAUACCUUCAUUGACCACUUGCUAAGAGUACAUGAUGAUGACAAGUGGUCGGGACAUUGCAAUUUAUGUCAUGAUGAUAAACUAUUGAAUCCAGGUUCAAUGAUACUGGAGUUUCAUCAUUUGGUGAAUGAUCAUAUUUGGAAGGAAAAUACCAGCAAACUUCUUCCAGUUCCGCAGGAAGAUAUUAAGGAGGAAGCACGACCUGCAAUUCGUUUGAGACGGCUAUCUGGGGAUAAACUCUCCGCGCAGAUGGAGCAAGAUAAUGCAUUUAAAAUUCCUACAACGCCCACAAACAUCCGAUCUAUAACAAUACGAAGAGUUAGUAGGUCUCCGGAUAAACCAGCAUCAUCUUCGCCAGGACCAUCGAUUGUGACUGCAGGGACACUUAGUUCAUCGCCGGGAUCUCUAGUAAUAACUAGAGCACAAACAGUUGAAGCUGCAAGCUCAUCAUCGGGAGUUCCAUUGUCAACAAGUUCGACUCCACCACUUCGCAUUUCGACCAUUGAUUCUCUUCAAACUCUGAAAUCUCUCGCAUCACCAGUGCCAAAGGCUACUGGUAAUAGUGAUGAUGCACCUAGAAUCAUAAAUUUGCAAUUGGGAUCUCAGAUCACUGCACGUCGAUCUACAAUUCCUGUAGACUUGCAGAAGUCAUUGGUUGAGAAUGAAUUGAAACCUUGGACAAAGCAACCGUGUUCAAAACCUGCUCAUAUUGUGGCUAAGAUGUUGACCAAGGAAGUACUCUGUUCAUCGUUCAAGUGUAUGGGUUCAGAGUGUUGGUAUACAACAAUGAAUGAAAUUGAAAUGGUAACGCACUUAAAGAGUCAUGAUAAGAUGAUUGAGGAUCAGUUGGAAAAAACUACCAUCUCUGACACAUGCUCAUGGCUAGAAUGUGCGUACUGUGACUACAUGGCGGGUAGUACAUUUGAACUGAUGAGUCAUCUGAAGAAGGAACAUCUGCAUUGCGAAUAUCUUUGUCCAAAUUGCUUCUAUAGAGCUUGCAAUGCCACCUAUGUAACCAGACACUUGAUCAUACACCACAAUUCAAAUGCAAAAGUGUGGCAAAUCAAAGCAGACUACAAAUCUUCGCCUACUGAGAAUCCUGUCAGUUGCGUAAAGGAGAAUGUGAAGCUUCUAAUGUGUAAAACUUGCAACCUCAAAUUUCUUAAUUACAACCAUUUUGAGAAUCACAUCAAGGACCAUGCCAGUCAAGUCUUUGAAUGCGUCUUUUGUUCAGCCAUGAUACGUAUUGAGAACAUGAAGAAGCACAUGUUCUGCCACUCAAUUGGGAAUUAUGAGUGCAUUUACUGUGAAUGCGCUACAGUCAACAAGAACAACCUGGCACAGCAUAUGUGUGAUCGACACCAGAACAAGGUGUUGCUUUACUACAAUCGCGAAGAAGUUCAGGAGCAUGUUGCUAAAUUCAAAUUGUCACCAUUUGACGAUUUCUGCACUUCGCGUGUAAUUACUGAGUUUAUCACGAAGGAGUCUCUGACAAAGAGUAUCCAGAAAAUUCCUGUUGGUAUAUCUGUAGUCAGACAUACAUCAUCUGCUUCUACUGUGAAUUCUGGUAAAGAGAAAGCACCUGCUGCGGAAACUCCCAAUCAAUCAUCAAUGCCAUUGGUAAUUUCCAAUGUGGUCAGUCUGCAUGCCCAACCACAGUCAUCUGUUUCACCUGCACCUCAACCAUCUGUUUCUCCUGCACCUCAGUCAUCUUUGGUGAUUAAGGAUGUCUGUACACUGUCCAAGGAUACCCCGAGCACUAAGCCAGCAACUCCAGUGGCUUCGGGUUCGAGAUCUGUCGAACCCAGUGCAACGGGAGGGUCUAUUAAGGCGGAUGUGUCGUCAAAUUCCGUUGUAUUGGAAGGUGUCACCGUAUCCAAGGAGGCAUUUGAGCAGCAAUCUUUUGGCUUCUCUACAUCACUGUCGCGAGUUAUUGCUGAUUGGGUGGCAAAGAGUGGUGUACCACAAGUUACUCUGCUUAAAUGUGCAGAAUGUGGCUAUCAGGCAAAGGGAAGGGGUGACUUUAUGGAGCAUGUUGAUCGAUCACAUACCAAUACCCUUCUUAAGUGUUCUCAAUGUGUCAAUGUCUUUUGGCAUUCAUCGAAAUCCUUGUGGAUUCAUCUGGAGACUCAUGGAUACAAACGAUACUUCUGCUUCAUGUGUGAUUACACUGGGCGAAGUGAAAAGGAUGUAGCUGAUCACUGUACGAAAACUGUGCAUAAAUGGCUGGGAUAUAGUCUUGUACUCAUUACUCCAGCUAUUGAAAGUGGCAUUUUUCUGCUGUGUCCAAAAAAUACCAAAUUUGAGGAGAUUGAGAGAUUUAAGGCGGACUUUGUGAGAACUAUUCAGAGGUUGCCGCUAAAUGAGAAGCGAACUGGUGAUGGUGCUGUGAGAAAUGACAAAGAAGUUCCCGGGAGAGAUUCCUAUGGGCCAGAUGAUGUUGAUCAACUACCUACGAAACCUGUUGUUGCCAAGAAUAUCUUCUGCAAAUUGUGCAACUACAAAACGAUGAUUGUGAAGAAUCUUGUGAGGCAUUUUGAAGCACAUCGACAGGCUGCCUAUGUUCCAAAUCUUGAUCCAAUCAAUCCAGUACCGUGCUUAAGUGAGAAGAAUUUUGACAAAAUGACUAAUUUGGCGUGUAGCUCGAACAUGGAUAGCAGAUGUAAGGGAGUCAAUGAACCAGUCUUUGUAAUGCAGCAGAAGAGAUUUGUUUGUGGUGUAGAAGAUUGUUCCUACAUCACAAUUGAUGAUGUCAUGCUGAAGUAUCAUUUGAGUACACUGCACUCCAAUGAGACUUCGUACAAAUGUCCACACUGCAAAACUGAAUUGCUGAAGGGGUCAUUUUCUGUGGAAACCAUUGUCAUGCACUAUCGUCUGCACGGACCGAGGCUGUACAUGUGUGACAAGUGUCAGUACAUGAAUGAGACAACGACGACGGUGGAGAAGCACAUUAAGACUGUCCAUUCAGGUGUUGGAAAUAUCUAUGUUCUGCGUGAUGAGUCUAAAAGUGAAACGCCAGUUGUAGCAGAAUCUGCACCACAGGGACAGGAUGAGGCAUUGCCUAAGAAAUGGCAAUGCAAUGAAUGUUCAGAAACGAGUUACUUGAAGACAGACAUGAAUAAUCAUGUUAUGAAUCAGCAUGGUGCUAAGUAUCAGUAUAUCUGUGGCUAUUGUUCUAUGGGGCAUCAUACACGAUCCUAUGUUGAGGAUCAUGUGAAUAUGCGUCAUGGAGGGAAGAUGAUCAUUAGGGAGACAUAUUCAGCCAUCAAGGGUGUCUAUAUACCCAGAAAGAGCAAGAGAGUAGAGAAACCAGAAGAUUCAGUGAAUUUCUGGAGACGUGAUGAAAAUGGUGCCAAGUCUAUACGUGGUAUUCCGUGCGAGUCACAGGAAAUCCUUCCGAGAACCACUGAAGAGGAAGAGGAAGAAUUUAGUGAUGAAGAUAUCAAUUGGGAUUCCGAAAUACCUUCUAUGAAGGCUGUAGAAACGGAGAUAGUAAAGAGAAAGCCGGAACAAAUUGAUUUGGUGAUGCAGGUGAAGAGACCAAGAGUUGAACGAAUAAUACAGUGUACAAUUUGUGGGAAGACAACAAAAUCAGCUCUAACCAUGCAAGUUGUACACUUCCCAGAGUGCCAUCCUGGUGUUGCAGUUAGUACCAGGGUUAUAACUUCUACGUGCCCAGAGCCAGAACCUCUUGAAGAAACCAGCAAGAAAGAACCAGUAUCACUGAAUGGAUUCUACUUGAAGUGUUACCAUUGUUCCGAAAUGUGUAGUACUGUCGCUUUGUUCCAGAAGCACUACAUUGAGAAUCACACUGAAGAGGAAGGACUUGAGACAGUACCGUGUUGGUAUCAUGCCAUCAAGACAAUGUACUGUGGCUUGUGUCAGGAGGUGUGUGAUACAUACGAUGAAAUAUCCAAACACAUGAAAGACAUUCAUAAGACUGAAAGUGUGAUAGCAAAGAGUAUCAAAGGUGGAAUGGUUUGUGGAGCCUGUGACUAUGAUGCUGGUGAUGAUCAGAAUUUACUGAGGCAUGCUAAAUUGCGUCAUACCAAGAACACAUACAAACAGGUCAUUUCCCAAGUCACCUUAGAUCAAUUACUGCAUAUUGAAAUGUUCCCAAUGAAGAGGUGCACAGCCUGCCGCGAGAUUGUUAUUGAUAUCGAUGGGCGUCAGAGUGAGGAGCAUCUGAGAACUAAGCAUAGUGCUUCAGUUAUUGCAACUUUUGUAGCCAUUCGAAAUCCCACCUAUAUUUGCUCUUCCUGCCAUCAGAUCUUCGAUUCAGAGACUACUUUCUAUACGCACACUCUCACUCAUGUGGAAUCCUUUAAGUGUUCGGCCUGCAGUAAUUUCUUCCUAACGUAUGAAAAUGCUCUUGAGCAUAUAAAUGAGACUCAUACGGAAGAUACACCUGAUGUGCAGUUCACUUGGCCAACUGAAGAGAUCAUUGAAAAUCACAUGGUGUUCCCCAAUGGAUUGGUGAUGACCUUGGAAGAACUUCAGUUAACCAAGUAUCGAUUUGAUCAGAGCAAAUUUAAGAUAGUUCGCAAUGAGGUUGUGCGCAAACUGAAAAUCACAACGAGUGAACUUGUUAUAUGAACCGCGAGUCUGUUGAAGAGCCUCGAAGAAGAACUCGCCAAAAACCAAAAUUUGGAUGAUGAGGAAGAUGAUGCAGAGAUAAUCUUAGGUUAAAUUAGUGUAAGGGCUUAGAUGUAGUUGUAUUCGAAAUAAAAUGCUGAUCACGAAAAUGUUAAUAAGCAAAAAAAUGAAAAA